GCUUUCAGUUCGAUUGCUGAGCGAUCAUGACGACAACGCUGCCGGAGAAGGAGACGGAGCAGGAGGUCCGGGAGCGGGCGGCCAUAGCUUUGGAGGAUCGGAAGGAGCGCAAGAUCUAUGAGAAUUUUGCCACGCCCCUGGCUGGAACGUUCCUCAACCUCCCCCACGAACCGGUGGAGAUCAAGUGCCCCGCCUGUGGAAUCAAGGAUCUGAGUGUGGUGCAGAAUGAUCUCAAGUGGUGGGCCAGCGAACUUAACCGCAUUGUGGGCUGUCUUUUUGUGACCUUUUGUUGUUGCUGCUGUUUCAACUACUAUGUGCCCUGCAAGCAAACCGACCGAAGCCAUUACUGCGGCAAUUGUGGCUGCUACUUUGGGCGAUCCAUGAAGAGGAGGGAACCUCUUCAAAUAAAGGCAACCACCGCCUAGCCUACAAAGAUCACACAUUUUUUUGAAACUAUUCUGAAAAUUUAAAUACCCACCCACAGCAAAACCAUCAAAACAAAAAUAAAACUGAAUGCAUACAA